GUUACUCUAAAAUCCGCCCUCAGCCUGCACGCCGGAAGCUGCGAUUCCUGCAGCGGAAGAGGCGUGAUCUGGCCUUCGACUCGCUAUGUCCACUAACAAUAUGUCGGACCCACGGAGGCCGAACAAAGUGCUGAGGUACAAGCCCCCGCCGAGCGAAUGUAACCCGGCCUUGGACGACCCGACGCCGGACUACAUGAACCUGCUGGGCAUGAUCUUCAGCAUGUGCGGCCUCAUGCUUAAGCUGAAAUGGUGUGCUUGGGUCGCUGUCUACUGCUCCUUCAUCAGCUUUGCCAACUCUCGGAGCUCGGAGGACACGAAGCAAAUGAUGAGUAGCUUCAUGCUGUCCAUCUCUGCCGUGGUGAUGUCCUAUCUGCAGAAUCCUCAGCCCAUGACGCCCCCAUGGUGAUAUCAGCCUAGAAGGGUCACAUUUUGGACCCUGUCUAUCCACUAGGCCUGGGCUUUGGCUGCUAAACCUGCUGCUUUCAGCUGCCAUCCUGGACUUCCCUGAAUGAGGCCGUCUCGGUGCCCCCAGCUGGAUAGAGGGAACCUGGCCCUUUCCUAGGGAACACCCUAGGCCUACCCCUCCUGCCUCCCUUCCCCUGCCUGCUGCUGGGGGAGAUGCUGUCCCUGUUUCUAGGGGUAUUCAUUUGCUUUCUCGUUGAAACCUGUUAAUAAUAAAGUUUUUCACUCUGGC